AUGUGGCGGAGGUUGCCGGGCCAGCUCCAGAUCCUUGCCUCGACCUGGCGAUCGGGGCUCAGGCCUGGCGGCAGAGACUCAAGCUUUGUUGGAAUUCUGCGGAACAGGGCCCUUGCUUCCCUGUCGCCCUCUGUCGAAUCCUCCAUCCAGAAGACUGCGCCCAUUUUCUCCUCCGGCAUCGGUGAGUCCCAUCUCCUCUGCUUCCUCUCAAGCAGUUUCUCACUUGGCAUUUUCGAUCGAUGUUUUGCUGCGGCUCUGGUUUGAUGGUCGGGUGAUUCCUCCGCGUUUUCUGUAGAUAAGACGGGCAUCCUGACACAAAAGAGGGUGGAAGAUGUCUUGCCAAUCGCCACCGGACACGAGCGGGAGGAGAUCGAGGCUGAACUCGAGGUCCGGGCGUUUGCGCCGAUGGUUUUCCAUUUUAGGCUUUUGAAUCCCAUGGGCUUUCCAUUCCAAGUGUCCCUAUUUUUCAGGGAAGGAAGAGGUUCGACAUGGACGCUCCAGUAGGUCCGUUUGGCACGAAGGUGAGUUAAUUAAACGUAAAUUCUCGAACUGCAUUUACUCAUUAUUCGGCUGUGAUUCUCUUGUCGCCUAGCACUUAGGAUUCUUCUAUUGAUCAUCGUGGAGCUACACGGCUUAUGCUUUUCUUGGUUGUUUGUCGUUAGUUCACUCACGUGUCUUGUUCAUGGUGUGUAGUGAGUGUUUCCUGGUGUAAAAUACUUUACAAAUUCUGAUUUUAAUCACAAUUACUGAAGAUAAAAUGUGUAGAGGUUAGAAAAACCGGACCUGUGAUGAAAUAAUGUUGGGCCUAUAAUUGUCCUCUAGGUAGAUACCACCCCUCCUUUGCACAAGCAUUUUGUCCCCGAGGGGGAAUAACAUACACCUCACUGAAUCAUCUCCUAGUUCGGUUAAAUCACGUUCAUUCCUGAAAUCGUCGCAGAGGAGAUUGAAUAAUGAAGCAAGCUGUAUAACUAAAGAUGGAGACAGUAUGGAAAGAUGGAGACAACGAUGGAGUGGACGAGAAUAGUGAACUUACGUAGAUGUACGCGGUUCAUGGUACAUUUCAUGAGCAUUGAGUAACUUUUAGCUGUAAGUUUUCAUGAAAAAACUCAUAACAGUCGGGGGAUUAUUGAAAUUGAACGUUCAUAACUAUUCGGAACAGCUCGGGGAGUAGUGGGUAUCAUUUCACCAUUUGAAUCCUGAUUCUAAGGAGAGGUGCAGAAAUUAGAAUCCCAUUUUUCCUUCUUGAAGUUUUCUGCGUGUGCUUAUUGUAGAAAGAAUCAAGACUAUACAUUGUUUCUGGUAAUGUUUAUCCAGGACAAGUUUUUUUGGAGAAUUGCUUAUUCAUUUUUAAUGGUAAAUAAAGCAAUAUUUGAUAUCUUUGUGCAAGAAAUAAAAAUGCAAUGUUUCAGGAUUAUUCUGAUAGAUUGAGUGGAAACGCUUAUGUUUCAGUUUCGUUUUUCUUUUCACGUUCCGAAACCUACAUGUGGCCUCAGGUUUUGGAAUCCAAGAUAGUGUGUCCUCUAUAGAUACCCAGAGUGAUUCACCCUGCAUUUGGUCGUCACAUAAAAGUUUUAUGAAUCUCUUGUUUUUUUUUAUCUCUACUAAGUAAUUUUGUGGAUUUGGUACCUGGUCAAUAUUAUGUUUGACUCUUUGUACUGGAAAAUCCCAUGUUUGGAUAAAGAGGUAGCGUAUGGAAAGGAAUCUCGUUAUAAAGACUUUUGGCUCAUUCCAUUCAAAUCCCUUUCAUAGUACAUUUUCAUUUUCACUUGAUCUGUACACCAUCUAGAAUGACGCGUUUUUGUGAGGUGUGAAUCGGAAAAAGAUAAGUGGAAGCUGAAGCAAGGUUAAUAGAUUUCUUGUGGGAUGAAGAAAUUAAACUGAAGGUACAAGAAAAUAGGUAUCCAAGAAAGUGCAAAGAGACAAGAUGAAAAACAGUGUCAGUUGAAUGAAGGCAUCCAGGAAGCUCUAAAACAGGUUUCAUUUUUUGAUAUUUAGAAGGCACUUAUGAAUCAGCGAACCAAAAGUAUUUGAGUUUGCUAAUGUGGAGGAUAUUGAUUAUGCUCAACUUAUUAAAAAAUAGGGUUUAAUAAUAUUUGAUUGGAGUUGUGGACAGCAAGAUGUGCAAUUGCUAUCAGAAUUUACUAAAUGAAACGAUUUCUCAGGGUCUCUACUUAAACAGAGCGUACAAUCAGAAAAGUUCAAGAGAAUGAAGCCAGGAAGUCAUUAGCAAACUAAACCAAGAAAAAUUGAAUCAUAUGGUACACCUAUCAAAAACUAUUGAGCUCUCAACUAAUUGUUUCCUAUCAUAAAUGGCUCACACCUUUUUGUCUAUUCCUUUUUCUUCCCAUUCUGGAUGAGUUGAUUUUACACAUCUAAGAAGAUGUUUCUUGCUGUAGUUAUUUUUCACACGUUGCGCCAGUGGUGGAGGCAGCAGCUAAAUGAAUUAGGUUGGAUACACUAAUACUGUGAAAAGAUAUCCUUGAAUCAAAACCUUUUGCGAUUCGUAGGAAAAUAAAUGUAGAGCAAAAAAUAAAUACUAUGUAUUUUAAGUGAAAAUUAAAAUAAACGAGCAUCCCAUGAGUUAGACUAUUAAGUUUUACCUCAACAAUUAUAUUUAACCUAUUCAGGUUUGACAGUUGCAGCGGAUGAGGAAAAAAACAUGGAUGUAGUGCAACUAUUUGAUUUAAGUGUAAUGCAACUUCUGGCAUUUGGUUCACAGCUGCCGUUGACCGGGUGGGUAUGGUGUAUUGGUUUUCCCCAUGCUUCACCCAACAAUGGUUUGGGCCAGUAAUUGGCUGAUUUCGAGCCAUUUAUCCUUUUUCUCCUCUCUCUGAGAUAUGAUCAUUUUAUGUUCGUAGAUGUGAAAAGCCUUUUACCAUGAUUCUUUGAGGCUGUACCUUUACACACACUUGAACCAGAUUGUCAUGGUAUUGAAACACGUGUCUUUCACCAAUCUCUGGUUUUUUUUUUUUUUUGCGUUAAACUUACUUUUAUUUCAUCUUAGAGCUGGAUUCACAUGACUGGCAACGCUUUUGCACAUUAUUAUUGGGUGAAUAAUAGUGUACCUUCAUUCAUUUAUAUGGUGAAGUAAUUUUUUAGAGGUGAAUCUGUCACUCGGAAAAAUAGACUCUUCAGAAAUUAUUCAACCGGGAUUAUCCAAAGAUUUAAUCUUGUGUCUAUUGUUCGUAAUCUCUGGAUACCUUCCCAGAACGGUUGCGAAAGCUAUCACUAUCUCUAAUCUAUUGAUUACGAAGGUCCUACACCCUAUACAUAUUGCACUAUUUGAAAGCUGAAUCUAUAGGAUAUGGCAUAUAUAUAGCCGAGCAGCAUCCUUUUCUUUUCCUUUUUUUUUGCCUUUUUUUGGGUACUUGUACUGUCUCUUCUACCACAACAUUUUUGACAAUUUCAAGCCUUGUACCAUUAACAUUCGGUUCUCUCUAUUCACCGUCUCUUCAUGCUUUUUUGAGAAUUCGCGGCUCACUGUGAAGUUAAAGCUUUUCUUCAGCCAUAUAAGCAACCUCUUGGAACUAAAACAGUCAACUCCAAAAAGUUUUGACUUGCAACACUCGACCUCCACUAGUCGGGAGGCUUGGGGAAUCCUGAUUUUGAAUCACUUCCAUUUCUAUCUCUUUUUUUUCUAAUUUUUUAUUUUUUAACAGGAAGCUCCUGCCGUGGUAAGAUCUUACUACGACAAGAGGAUAGUGGGUUGCUCUGGAGGCGAAGGAGGUCAGUACUGCCCCCCGCCCCCAAUAUCUGCUUUAAUGAUGAAUGAUCGGUAACAACUGUGAUGAGGCAUGGCUCCUCUUUGGUAUUUCGGUGAGUGCAGAGGAUGAGCAUGAUGUGGUGUGGUUUUGGCUGGAGAAAGAGAAGCCCCACGUGUGCUCCGUUUGCUCCCAAUACUUUGAGGUAACUUGCUGUCUACCCAUCAUGGAAAUAUUUUACUAGCAUAGUUCUCAGUGGGUUCCUGUACUCCCCGACGUGCUGCAGCUGGAGGUGAUCGGCGAGGGCGGCCCUCCGGACGGCCAUGGUGACGACGAAGAAGACGAAGAGGAAGAAGCAGUGGGGGAGGGUCGUCACUAG